AUGAAUCAUGGAGUAACUAACAACCACUGGUGUGUGGAGAUCGUGCGUCUGAAGUACCUAAACAAUUUGAAUGUUGACUUAACAAAUUUGAAAGAGUUGUUUCCAUUGCUGAGGUAUGCAGUCUCUACAAUCGGACCGCGAGAAGAAGCUGAUGCAUCCUCUCAACGACGCCUCUUCCUCCUCCCGCUUCGUCGUCACCAUGACCUUCACGUCGGAGAGGUUGAACUUCGUUACCUCGCGCUUCUCGCCGUCGUUGUCCUCUUCUGUGGACUGUCGGAGCGAGGAGACGCGCUUCACGAUCGCAGCGGAAAGGUCGUUGCUCCGCUGGUGGGAAAAAAGCUUCCGACGGAGAAGCCCGGUAGAGCGACGUCGUUUUGGUUUGAUUGGAAAUCGUGCGGCGCGAUGUAA